AUGACUCAGAUCAAUUGCACCCAGGUGACAGAGUUUAUUCUGGUGGGCCUCACAGAUCGUCAGGAGUUGAAGAUGCCCCUCUUUGUGCUGUUCUUAUCUAUCUAUCUUUUCACAGUAGUAGGCAAUCUGGGUUUGAUCCUGCUCAUUAGAACAGAUGAAAAACUCAACACACCAAUGUACUUCUUUCUUAGCAACCUAGCUUUUGUGGAUUUCUGUUACUCUUCUGUCGUUACACCCAAAAUGCUUGGGAAUUUGUUACAUAAACAAAAUAGUAUUUCGUUCAAUGCAUGUGCUGCUCAGUUAGGCUGUUUCCUGGCCUUCAUGAAGGCUGAGUGCUUGCUACUGGCUUCCAUGGCCUAUGACCAAUAUGUGGCCAUUUGUAACCCUCUGAUGUAUAUGGUGGUAAUGUCCCCAGGAAUCUGCAUUCAGCUUGUGGCUGCUCCCUGUAGCUAUAGCAUCUUGGUUGCACUGUUUCACACCAUCCUCGCCUUCCGUCUCUCCUAUUGCCACUCCAACAUUGUCACUUUCUAUUGUGAUGACAUGCCUCUCCUCAGGCUAACUUGCUCAGACACUCGCUUCGAACAGCUCUGGAUCUUUGCCUGUGCUGGUAUCAUGUUCAUUUCCUCCCUUCUGAUUGUCUUUGUCUCCUACAUGUUCAUUUCUGCCAUCCUGAGGAUGCAUUCAGCUGAGGGAAGACAGAAGGCUUUCUCGACGUGUGGCUCUCACAUGCUGGUAGUCACCAUAUUCUAUGGGACCCUCAUUUUUAUGUACUUACAGCCUAGCUCUAGCCAUGCCCUGGACACAGACAAGAUGGCCUCUGUCUUCUACACAGUGAUCAUUCCCAUGUUGAAUCCCUUAAUCUACAGCCUCCGGAAUAAGGAGGUGAAAGAAGCUCUGAAGAAAAUCAUUAUCAAUAAAAACUAGACUUUUGUGUUUACAAAAUUAAGAAAGUAA